AUGAUAAAUCGUGCAGUUUUGGAUCGUAUUAGAGGUGGAUAUAGAAUAUUUGUUGGCGAUUUGGGUAAUAGAGUUGGAAAAUAUGAACUAGAAAGAGAGUUUAAAUCAUUUGGACCCAUAACUGAUGUAUGGGUUGCGCGAAAUCCACCUGGAUUUGCUUUUUUGGUUUUCAAGUACCCAGAAGAUGCUGAAAGAGCAGUUAGGGAUCUUGAUGGCCGAAUGGUUUGUGGUCGAAGAGUCCGUGUAGAACAUGCCCGACCUUACCAAACAAGAAGACCCCGGGGAAAUCCCAGGAGAAGAGGCCCUGUUCCACCUGGAGGAUCUUGGCGCAGGGAUCAGUCAUACAGUCGUGCGUCGUCACUGUGCUAUGGCGCUCCUCCUACUCCGUCACACGUCUCCUCUGCACACUUUUCAAGGAGUCUGAAGGCCACCAACCCUAAACUUCUAUCAUACCAACAUGUGGAAAAUCAACCCAAUGCAGCUGUAAGGUCUAGUUCUGAUCGUUAUUCCAGGUCACGUUCUAGAGAAAGAAGCUAUUCAAGAUCCUACAGCCGUUCAAGAAGUCCAGAGAAGAUCCCCAGAUCAAGGGGUGGGCACAGUUCUUUGGACAUACCCAAAAGAGAGCGUUAUCAUGAUCGAUCUGAGAGCCACUCAAUGAGCCCGCCAAUCCUACGGCAAAGAUUAUUGCGUGAUAUGGAUGGCAUUGAAGGAAGUGGAAGACACUACUCUCCUCGUAGUAGGUCAAUAACUCCUGAUGAUGAUCGCAAGUAUUCAUCCCGUUCAAGAAAUGAUGUUGUUGAUGAUGACAGAGAUGACCAAUCUGAAAUAAGUGAACGGUCUCUUCCACCGAGAAAAGAAAAGCUGAAUAUAAAGAACAGCCAUUCACGUUCAUCCAGUUAUGAUGGUUCUGAUCUGGAGACUGGUGAAAUUAGUGAUCAUCCCAUUAGCAAGUCACAUAACAUGAAGCUAAACAGGUCACCAUCUCCAGAUAGAUGCCAUCAAAUGAUGCCUCUCUCUCACUCACAAGGUUCAGGAAUGUACAAUAGAUCUGAUAGUGAUGAUGACAAAUAG